AUGCCGCGUCUGUGCAGCAACAUGGAAUGCCGUUUCGCUGCUGCUGGCGGGCGGGCGCAGGUUUCCUCAACCUACUGCAUCUUCUGUGACCCGGACCCCGAGCGCAUUGCCGUGGCCUGUGCGGACGGGGCGAAGCGUCGAUGUCUCGUGGCUUCCAUCCAGCGCAUCGGUGAUUCAGCAAUACGACAGCAAGCCCUGGAUAAGAUCCCGAUGAACUUUCGGCAGCACUUCCAGCUGGCAUUGACCAAGCACAGAUUCUGCAAUGGCCUCGAUGGCGAGCCGUGCCGCUUCUCGCCGCAGCGGGGACGCAUGCGUCUGCAGACAACAGAGCAGGACCGCUGCACGUUCUGCGCGCCAGACACGCUGAGCCGCACCUGCGAAUCUCCCGAAGGCAGGGCUUGGCUGGUGAGUCGGAUGCGAGCGAUGACGAAGCGCUGUCGUGCCAUCUUGCUGGACAGCCGCAUCCCGGCGGGACAGCGCCAGGCCCUGCGGAGCCUCUUGACACAGGCCACACAGGGGCACCAACAAGCUCCAAGCUAUCGGCGACGGCCGGCCGCGCAAGUGCCUCGCAGCGAGCUCCGUGAGAGAUGGGGCCGAGCUCUUGUCCGACGGCAGCGGGCAUCUGCCGAGGAGGCCCUCUUCCCCUCCCGCGCAGCCAGGGGAGCCGCGGAGGAGUCGUCGAUGGAGGAGGAUCAGCUCGCCAAAGUGCCUACCGAGCACCGCUACCUGACCAUGGCCGUCUUGCACGGCUACGGCGCGGACCUCCAGGUCGUAGCCGACGAGCUCAAGGUGGAGGGCCACAGCAGCAAAGUCGCCGCGAGCAUACUGAGCAUGAUCCAGACGUCGCGCCUGCACAAGGAGCCCGUGCGGCAUGCUCCACAGCCGGACGGCAGGCAAGCCCCGGCGGCAUACAACCAGCAGCAGCUGCGGUUCCGGGCGCUACUGGUUGGCUCGAGAUCCAGGGACCACGAACUCUUGAUUGCGGAGACCAUCAAGAGCCAGCAUAGUGCUAGCAGCAUGAGUGAGGAGCUCACUCGCACACGUGAGGGAGUCCCCGUGUGGAACGGGGAUGCAGCUACCUUUGUCUCGUACGCCGAGGCUGCCGAACUGUAUGAGCAGACGACAGCCUAUCAUAAGCGAGCCCUGGUAGCACCGAGGUUGAUUUCAGAGCUGCUCGGUCCAGCCAAGCUUUCCUUGUCAGGGUAUGAGGCCAGCGCCUUCGCGUAUCCUGGGGGUGUGGCAAAGCUACUGGACCACCUGCGUGCCAGUUUGGGACAACCUCGCAUUCCGGAGUUGACGGAUCACUUACACAAAUAUUUCCGUCACAGCCGGAGAAAGCCCGGCGAGACCAUCAACAGCUAUGUGGCCAAGAAGAUGGAGGUGUACCUCAGGGCUCAGCAGGCCAUGAAGAGACUGCAGCCCAUUCACAAGCCGAUCGCCACCACGAAGCCACAGGACUGGAACUACCACCGACCAGGUUGGUGGGGCGAUUCCUACUGGAGAUGGUCCGCAUGGGAGCCUUCAGCUCAGUCAGGAUGGGGCGACACAUCAUGGAAUACAACGCCCCCCACCCGAGAUGGGGCCGCCGCCGAGGGAGACGAACCCUCGGAGGAGGGAAGUACGGAAGCGGACACUGGCCGAAGAGCCAGUUGGUCCAGUGAGACGACGUGGAGAGCAUCAACAUGGUCGGGAUCCAACUACGGAGGGCAGUGGGGCUGGGGCUACACUGCCGGAUACGGGUCCGAUGACUCGUGGUGGAAGGAACCUCAGCCCAUGCCUCAACUACCUGAGUUGAUGCCGGACUUCGUACAAGGGUGGAUCCUCCUUCAAGACUGUAACCUGGAUGCUGGGGAACGCAACCUGGUGAUCACAGCCACGGGAGGUGACUUCAGCACUCAGAAGAUUAUACGCGAGCUCCGAGCCCAGUUUCCCGACUCGGAAGUCAAGCGACGAGAGACCGCGAGGAAACACCAUAGCUACUUGGGCGAGAAUAUGGGCGAGGAGGAGUCGCAAGACUCUUCUCACGAGGACCACGGCUUCAUCGCAGAGGAGGAGUUCACCGAGGAGGGCAUGGCCCUCUGGUCGGAAGCCGGCGUGGAGGUGGAGUCGGCUAUGGCGGCCUUCCAGCAGGCCCGAAGGACCCUCCGGGAAGCCAGAGCGAAACAGCACAACGUUAAGAUGAGUCGUCAGUACUACAGAGGUGGCCAAGGUCCGAGGAGCGAUGCCAACAUGAUUUGCUUGAACUGUGGACAGAAAGGCCACAGAGCGAGCAACUGCAAGAAUGCACCGAGCAAUCCCCCCAAGCGGGACAAGGAAUCGGCUCCCUUCGUGUGCUACGCGGAGGAAGCGGAGAUCAACAAACUGCCGGCGCCGGAAGCGCCCAUGGUGGGAUAUGCCAAGGCCUCGGACGAGCAGGCGCCUACCGAGUCCGCCCUGGGAACCGGAGUACCAACGGCGGUGGCGGUACAGCAAGGAAAGUGUGUGGUGGACUCAGGAGCCACACGCUCCAUAGGUUCCGUCAAGGCUCUGGAACACUUGAUGCGCCGGAACACAGUCGUCUCCGGGGACGCCGGAGUGGAGAAGGUGGAUACCACAGAUCGACCGACCUUCAACUUCGGGAACUCCAGUGAAGAUACAUGUUCCUCGACAGUGGAGAUGCGACUACGAGCUGGAGAACUUCAUGGCAAGUUGCGGGUUCACGCUCUCAACGUGGGAGAAGGGCCGAUUCUGCUUUCGGUGGCGACGCUGAGGGCCCUAGGAGCUAUCAUAGAUUUUGGCUCAGACCUCAUGUGCCUGCGAGAACUUGAUUGCCAGAAGUUGAUUCAGCUAGAGAGAAGUGCGACAGGACAUCAGGACAAGAUCAAGGAGUUUGGCGAGAAUCCGCCAACCCGGUGGAACAAGGCCGAGCUUCAGUUGCGACUGGAGGAGCUGUCAGGACAGAAUGCUUUCGUGUCAGCUCGCAAGACUCGCGAGCAGACCGAGUACCAGCGCCUAGUCCAAGGACUCACUCAGGCCUGCAACCGCAAGGCCCAGCUCAUCGAGUUCUGUCAGAACAGUCUGGAGAUGCGCGUGAAUGCCAACUGGACCAUGAACGAGAUGAAGCGCGAGGCCAUGCACAGGAUCUACCAGCGCAGUGUGCCGGAACCCACCGAUGCUGUGGGAUUUGGCAAAUGGGCGGCGCUCACCUACGAAGAGGUAAAAAUCCAUCAUCCCGAAUAUGUACGUUGGGUGGUCCAGACAGCCACCGAGAGUGCCGAUUGCGACCCUCGUCUGUUGCGGUUGGCAGGGUGGCUGGAGAACAACCCAGCACGAGUGGAAGUGGCAGCCCAGCGGGCUGCGGCAAAGGCGGAGGAGAGCAAGACACGCCUUGUACCCUCACCUCCAGCAUCGGAGUCGAAGGAUCGCAAGUCUACGACCUCCAAGGCGAGUUCGGCACGGAGCAGCGCCAGCAGCUCGGACAGCAAGAUCGACAUGUUGGCGGAGAUGGUGGGUGCCCUACGCGAGGAGAUUGCGGACCUCAAGAAGGAGCCGCGUCGCAAGAAGGCGGCAGCCGAGGUGGGCGAGACGGACACCGAGAUGAGCCAGGAGUCCUACACGAUGAUUCCGAACAAGACCUCCCCGAAGCCGGUAGCCAAGAGAAUAGCGGACGCACAAAAGGAGGUGUAUCCGGAGGCUCUGGCCGAGCGCGUGGUUGGAGCAAUGCUUCAGGAACUCAAUCACCAGAGCGUGAUGGCGGAAUGCCAGGGCGAAAGCAAGUUCUACAAUCAACAACCGUGGGACUCAAACAGCCCGAUGGUGAACAACAAAGUGUUGCCCGACGGGCGCGAAAUCAGUGGAACGGUGUGGCCGACGCGACACCGAGUGGUCUCCUUUUCGGGAACGCAGUGGCAUGCGACCGAGGCCUGGGAAGGGGAAGUAGAUUCCGACAAGCCCGAAUCCUUACCCGUGGAAGCAAACAGCAACCAACUGCCGCUGCGUGCUUACAGCGCCUUCCGGAGUCAAGAGGUAGAGGCCUUCUGCGAUAGGCAUGGUGUACACUUAGAUUUGAUACCAGCGGAUGCCCACUGGUCAAUCGGAGUAUGCGAGCAGGCAGUGAAGGGAGUCAAGGUGCUUAUGAGCAAGAUUGUGGAGUCCGACCACACAGUGACGUCUGAAGAAGCCUUAAGCCAGGCAGUGCGUAUCUUCAAUGAAAGAGAGCAGAUUCGGGGAUACUCCCCAAUCCAACAUGCUUUUGGAAGAAGCCCCGACGCGACGGGACGACUUGGAGAAGGACCCCAGGAACUUCCAGAUGAGCUGUUGGUGGAAAGCGCGACUGCCGACUUUGAGAGAGGACUACAGAGGAGAGCAGCGGCCGAAAAGGCAUUAGCUGACUGGCAGGCCAGUCAGCGCUGGAGCCGCGCACUCAACUCCCGCACGAGGCCCGUCCCGGACUACGAACCAGGGGAGCUAGUAUACUUCUGGAGGACCCAAGAUGGCUCUAAGAGCCGCCGAUCCCCAGGGAGUAAACAUGGACGCUUUCUGGGUCCAGCUCGAGUGCUCGCUCUGGAGCGAAGGACCGAUGAGACUGGUGUUCAAAGGGCUGGUAAUGCAAUAUGGCUCAUCCGAGGCAGAAACCUGCUGAAGUGCAGCCCGGAACAACUCCGGAGAGCUUCUCCCCGGGAAGAAAUUCUGGAAGGAUUGGCCAGUCGCAAUGGUGACCCGGAGACACCGUGGACUUACACGAGAUUGGCAGAUGAGAUUGGGGGAAACCGCUACGAAGAUCUGACACAAGAAGUGCCGGAUGAGCGAGAGUGGGUACGAGCCCAGGAUGUGGAGGCGGAAAUGGUUCCGCAACGAUUCCGAGUCCGCGGCAAGCGCGCAGAGCCGGAGCCUAUGGAAGAGCCACCGGAGCCAGCGGACCUUGGCACUGGCCAAAGCAGUCGACCACGACGUGGACAAGCCGCCUAUACACAGCACCCUUCAGAACAGAAGGGACACGCAUGGUGGAGCGAGGUGGCCGACGAGUGUUGGCCACAGACGAGCAGCUACUGGAGGGAAUCACAUGAGGCAGUCGAGAUUGAGAUUCCAAUGCCGGAGUCCAAGCGUGGCGUUCAGGACGUGUGCAACAAUCUUCAGGCCUACUUUGUGGGGAACCUCAAGAGGCGUGCCAUUGAGGUCUCGGAGAAGAGGUUGUCGGAGGCAGAACGGGAGGAGUUCCGCCAGGCAAAAGGCAUUGAGGUCAAGAACUUCAUUGCUGCAGAGGCUUUUGAGGCCUUGCCCGAGGAGUUAAAACCCUCACGAGACCAAGCGAUUUCCAUGCGGUGGAUCCUGACGUGGAAGUUGAAGGACGACGGCACGACAAAGGCGAAGGCCAGGGCUGUCUUAUUAGGGUAUCAAGACCCGGGAUAUGAACAUCGUGCUACAACGGCUCCGGUUAUGACGAGGCAGACGAGACAACUUAUGUUGCAAGCAGCGGCCAACAAAGGAUGGAAGGUUUAUAAAGGAGACGUUUCAGGAGCUUUCUUGCAAGGCAGGGCUUAUCCGGACAAGCUUUAUUGUAUUCCUUGCAAGGAGAUUUGCGCUGCAAUGGGACUGCCAGAAGGAAGCAUUACACGAGUACGUCGAGCAUGCUACGGACUGGUUGAUGCGCCCUUGGAGUGGUAUCGAACGGUAUCCCAGUUCCUGGAGUCAUUGGGCCUCGAACGGCUGUGGAGUGACGCAUGCGCCUGGGUGUGGCGUCCCAACAACCAACUAAGAGGCAUGGUCUCGGGACAUGUAGAUGAUUUUCUGUUCGGAGGCCGAGAAGAUGACCGAGAGUGGCAGGACAUCAUACGGCGCAUAAAAGAGAAGUUCCGUUGGAGCGACUGGGAGUCCGGAUGCUUCACACAGUGUGGUGUUCAGAUAGAACAGGAUGCUGAAGGGUUUACCUUGUCCCAAGAACGUUAUGUGAGCGCAAUAAAAGAGAUUGCCCUGAGCCGUGAGCGGAGGCAGGCUCUGGACGCCCCAACGACGGAGAGGGAGCGUAGUCAGUUGCGCGCACUCCUGGGUGCUCUAAGCUGGCACGGGCAACAGGUUGCACCUCACAUUUCGGCCGAGGUAGGAUUGCUCUUGUCUGAGGUUAACAGCAGUACUGUGAGAACCAUUAGCAAAGCUAAUCAGCUUCUGAAUUUCGUGCGCAUUAGGAAGAACCACAAACUGCGAAUACACAAGUUCUUGGAAACUGAGGAGCUUGGAGUUUUUGGUUGGGUAGACGCAGGAAGCCAGAAUCGGCCUGACGGAGGCAGCACCCAGGGAUUGGUCAUAGGACUGGCUCCCGUGUCAUUGCUGAAGGGUGAGUUAGGCAAAGUGAGCAUAGUUUCAUGGUCCUCCCACCGUAUCGAUCGUACGUGUAGGAGCCCAGGCGCAGCAGAGACUCAGGCAGCGGUGAACGGAGAAGACACAGUCUUCUAUGUUCGCUACCAGUGGAGUGAAAUAAUCCACGGUCCCGCUGAUGCUCGAGACCCAGAGGGUUGUGCCACUAAGGUCGUAGGGUGUCUGAUCUCAGACUCCCGAAACGUCUACGAUAAACUGGCCACCGAGGUCUUGAGUAUCAAAGGAGCGGAGAAACGCUCCAACCUGGAGUUGUUGAGCUUGAAGGAAGCCCAGCAACGCACAGGGCUCCAGAUCCGUUGGGUCCAUUCUGAGGCUCAGUUAAGUAAUCCACUGACUAAGGCUGGUGGUCCUAAGGAACUGGAGCUCUUUUACCGCAUGGGCAAUGUUUGCAAGAUUGUUGAAGAUCCAGACAUGUUGUCGGCCAAGCGCCGAAAAGCAAAAGGCCUGGAUCCACUCCAGUCCCAGACAGAAGUCAAGCCGCAGCAGCCGCAGCAGCAGCAAGCCGAACUGGACUUAGAAAACGAGUGUGUGUCCAUGUUUACUGGGGGAUCGGUCGUGGGCGCGGCAUUGCACAACCUGGGCGUUGCGUACGGACUCUGUGGCAACGCCGUCGCCGAGCGGGAUCACCUCGAAAAAGCCCUGGAGAUCCAGGAGCGCGAGUUCGGCCCCGACCACUGCGACGUGGCGACGACGCUUUCCAACCUGGGAAACGCGUACGACCGUCUGGGCAACAUCAACAAGCAGAAGGAGUUGCUGGAGAGAGCACUGGCCAUCAACGAGAGAGAGUAUGGUCCCAACCACCACGUGGUAGCCACAACGCUGGUCAACCUCGGCAGCGUGUAUGGAAGGCUCGGAGAACAUGAGACGCAACGUGACAUCUUGGAGAGGGCGUUGCAGAUCAUGGAAGCCGAGUUUGGCUUGAACAGCCACAAGGUGUCGGCCAGUUUGGUAAACCUCAGCUUGGCCUAUGGCGCCCUCGGGGACGUGAAACGACAGCGCGACCUCUUGGAGCGUGCGCUGAAGAUCAACGAGCAAGAGUACGGCCGCGACCACCGGGCCGUGGCCAACACGUUGCUGAACCUGGGCAAUGUCUACGGUUGUCUCGGCGACGUGAAGGCAAAGCGUGACCUCCUCGAGCGUGCCUUGAAGAUCAAGCAGCGCGAGUUUGGAGCGGAGCACGCCGAGGUAGCCAAAGCGUUGGUGAGCCUGGGCAAUGCCUAUGGCGACCUCGGCAACGUGGAUCAUCAGAAGGAGCUCCUUGAGAAGGCCCUGAGCAUCCAGGAGAGACAUUUCGGCUCGGACCACUGGGAGUUGCUGAGCUCACUGACGGGGCUCAGCAUGGUCUACGACCGCAUGCGGGACUUUCACAGGAAGAAGGAGCUCCUUGAGAAGUCCGUGAGCAUCAUGGAGCGAAGCUUCGGCUCCACUCAUUACAACGUCGGUGUGAUCCUCGCUGCCUUGGCCCAAACCUGCGGAGAUCUGGGCGAAUUUCAGCGCAAGAAGGAUCUUCUUGAACGGUCCGUCCAGAUCAUGGAGAUCAAGUUCGGGCAGCAGCAUCGGAACGUCGCUGUGUACCUGGUCGAAAUCGCCCACACUUGCGAGAAGCUGGGCGACAUGGAGGGCCGGGACCGACUUCUCCGCCGAGCUAGUGAGAUCGAAGAGGCAGAAAGGCGGCAGAACGCACCGAAGCCGACGCUGAAAGAGCGGGUCCAGAAUCUUUGGGUCAAAGGCCGUGGCCUCAUCCUGGGUUGCCCGGCGCGUUCCUGCCCGACUCGCGCGGCCGCAAGCAGAUGUUCAAGACGGCGCUCAGCACCUAACUUCGCUCAAGACGCCGAAGAUGUUAAUUUUUAG